GCUUGGUUUUCCAUGGCAACACACUCACAGCUCGAGUUUUGUUUAUACACCUGGGGAGCCAACAGCUACGGACAGCUGGGACAGGGACAUGCGGAGGACACGAGUGUCCCCCAGCUGUCAGCGCUGCGGAGCGGAGCAGUCCGGACAGUGAGCGGCGGAGGGGGACACUCUGUGGUCAUCACCGAGGGUGGGGAGGUGUUUGUCUGUGGACAAAAUGGCAGAGGCCAGCUGGGUCUGGGCCACAUCACUGACGUCUCUACUCUUCAGCUCUGUCCCAUCUUGAAUCAGAGAGUCACACAUGUAUCCUGCGGUUGGGAUUUUACUCUUUUUCUCACUGAUUAUCGUCAAAUAUUGGCUUGUGGCUCGAAUGCGUUUGGACAGUUGGGUGUUGGAGAAACAACCAAGCAAACUGCUGAUCUUCUGGUUGUCGAGGGUCUGAAGGAACCAGUAGUGAGCGUUGCAGCAGGACUUCGACACUCUCUCGCAGUUAGUGACUCAGGCUGUGUGUAUCAAUGGGGAACUGGCCUUUUCUGUCACGCUAAACGAGCACUCAGCCCACACCCUGUUCCAUCACACCUGCGCUCUAAAGUUCCUUGUUUGGUUCCAGGUCUCAGCCAGAGAAAACCGCGCCUGGUUACAGCAGGUUCAGCUCACUGCGUGUGCCUUACAGAAGAAGGCGAUUUAUUCUUGUGGGGAAGCAACAAGCACAGCCAGCUGACCACAGCCGAGCCUUUUCUGCCCUCCCCCACUCUCCUGAAGCCAUUUCUGUUUGAUACAGAGAAAGCUGUGAAUGUUUGGAGCGGCUGGACACACAUCGUUGCUCAAACAGAAAGUGGCAGAGUCUUCACAUGGGGCAGAGGAGAUUAUGGACAGCUGGGUCGACGGGUCUCAGCCAAUCAGAGAACAGAGCAGCACGCAGAUGGUUCUGUAGCAGAAGGUGACCAAACCAAGGAGAUCAGCCUCCCUGAAGAGGUUAAAGUCCUUAAUGGAGCAGCACAGAUUUCUUGUGGAUCUGAACAUAACCUUGCCAUUGUAGGGGGUUGUCUUCUCUCGUGGGGCUGGAAUGAACACGGAAUGUGUGGAGACGGUUCUCAGGCUGACGUCUCUCGUCCUCAGCUCGUGUCUGAUCUAAGACCUGUUCUCAUUGGCUGCGGAGCUGGACACUCUAUGGCCGUGUGCGCUGUGACGACUGGCUCAAGACAGAACUGUGACUCCACACGAGACACACUGGGACACAAACUUUGCACAGAAUGA